AGCAAAGAAAGAGGUCGAUGACGUCAUUGGGAUGAAAUGCGACAUAAGCUAUGAUGACUUAGGAGAGCUGGUCUACCUGUCACAGGUACUAAAAGAGACUCUGAGAAUUUACCCCACAGCUGUGGGCACAUCUCGCGAUGUUGCUGAAGACAUGGUCAUUGAUGGUGUCCACAUACCUGGAGGAGUCGGCGUUUUUUUCAACUCCUAUGUGAGCGGGAGACUGGAGAGAUUCUUCAAGGAUCCACUGAGAUUUGAUCCAGACAGAUUUCACCCAGAUGCUCCCAAGCCUUAUUACUGCUACUACCCCUUUGCCCUCGGUCCUCGCUCGUGUCUGGGACAGAACUUUGCUCAGAUGGAGGCUAAAGUGGUGAUGGCCAAACUGCUCCAGAGGUUUGACUUCACUCUCGUCCCGGGACAGACCUUUGACAUCCUGGAUGCUGGCACACUCAGACCAAAGAGUGGAGUGUUGUGCACUUUGAGUCACAGGGAUUACAAAAAUAAAUGAUCUUAAAGGACUUUACAUAAAAAGUGGUCUAUUUUUGGUCCCUGAGAUAUAUUAAUUUAUAGGGGAAAAGAAAGUACAGCUUCAACACUAUGUCUCAGUUUUUCUACAUGAUUAAGAAAUGCUUCUUUAGUAACUGAAAUCAGCACAACUCUUUGAGUCUAAAUUGUAGAAAUAAAUGUGUAAAAAGAUCCUUGUCAAGAACAGAAUGGAUUUUCUCUUUUUUAAAUUUUAUUUUAAUGAGGACUUUUUGUUUUUGUUGCUGUUUUUGUUUUUACAAUAACAAAAACCCUAAACUUUCUGUAGUAGAUGUUGAAAAAUAGAACCUUUUCUGUCCUUAAAUUGUUUACUUACUACUGAAUUUCAUUGCCGUAAUAUUAAUGGCCGUGGGCCAAUUUGGCCCCCGGGCCUCAUGUUUGACACCUCUGGUUUAAAGGGUAAAACUGAUUUGAUUUUUAUUCCUGUCUAAAACUUGUGAUAAAAAAAAAAAGAAUUUAAAGAAAAAAUUGUGUAUGAACUACACUGUAAAUUCAUAUGAAAUGAAUGUAAUCAUGCUUAUGUCUUCAUUAUGAUAAUAUAUGGUAACAUUAUGGGGAGUGCUGGGUAUAAUAACGUUUGCACUUUGCAUUUUAAUCUUGCACAAAAUCAUCACAUAGUUUGAUGUGACUUUUUUUAAUAACCAGUGAGCCAAGGAACCUCUUGUGCCUGGAUAGCAUCCAAGUUUUUCAUAAAAGUGCUGCAUGUUAUGAAAAUGAAAAUAAAUUUUGAGAUCCCA